UUUUGCCAGGGCAGUGAUUGGUGAUUGCAGUCCUGUGCACUCGGCCAUUCCAGCCAUUAUUAGGUGUCUGAUGAUAAGGACGGUCGCCGACGUAACGGUUAUUAACACAUCAGCAAAUUAUCCGCCAAAACUUGAUGUUCUGCCCUAAAGUACCUUACCUAGGUUACUCCUAUUCUCUACCAGGCGUUUUCAAAACAUUUCAACUCCCAAACACAACAGGGUCGCUGACCCAAUAUGAAUGACCAAGACGAAUCCGGGACGUCUUUGGAGGAGCUGGGCGCGGAAAGCGCAGAUCCGGGUGCACAGUCCCGGCACCUGAACACAAACUACCAUGCCGAUGUGGUCUUGGUUGCUGGUCUCGGGGGUGACGCAGUUGGCACUUGGCGAGCGGAUGACGAAGAGAAAACCGUAUGGCCGACUUCUCUCCUGCCGCUCUGCAUCGGCGAUAUGCAUGUCCGCAUCUUGACCUUCAGGUACAAUUGCACCCUACAAGGUUCAGCGAGCGCAGCCAAUAUUCGAGAUCAUGCGAAUGUGCUCCUGGUACACCUCGCCAACCAAAGAGAAGACGAUGACGAGGCAAAAUUGAGACCCAUCGUCUUCGUCGGACACAGCUUGGGUGGGAUCAUCAUCAAGCAGACCAUCACAUUUGCUUACAAGAAUCCAAGAUACAAGCAUUUGUGGGAAGCCAGUCGUGGGAUAAUGUUCUUUUCGACGCCUCACUAUGGCAUGUCCUCGGAUCUGUGGUACAGCUUUGUCCGCUACGUGCUCCAGCUUGACGAGCCAGCCGAAGAUGCCAUGCCUACCAAUGGUAUGCUUGCCACCAUCGGAGAAAACAGUGACGAGCUGUCAAACAUCUCUGAAGACUUUGAGAGCCAACUACAAAACUUUAGUUUUGUCACGUUCAUCGAGACGGAGCCCGUUCCGAAAAUGAAUUGCGUUUUUGUAGACAAGAUUCACGGUCGAAUGCGUGCGCCAACAGAGGACCAUAGUUUCAUGGAGGGAGACCACGCCAACAUCUGCAAAUUCGAAUCCGAUGACGCCGACCCGUUCUUGCCAGUGGUAGGAGGGAUCAAAAAUCUGAUAAGGGCUAAAGCAAAGGAGAUAGACCGCCUUGACCACGACGAGAAAAAGGCGUAUUAUUCGCUCGCCUCGGAUGAAACCCACAGCUUCUUUCUCGACCGGAAAUCUACUCCGGGAACAUGUAACUGGGCGGACGACCAGCCGCGCAUCCAAGCCUUCUUGGACGGCGUCCGAGGUCAAGAAGACCUGUGGAUUUGCGGUCCGCCCGGUUGUGGGAAAACAUUUCUGGCUAAACACAUCAUAAGCAAGUUGAACCCCCUGGAUGGAAAGCUGUCAAAGGGAAGGAAACUGCCAACUGUCAUCCACUACUUCGUCAGUGGCUCCCUACCUAACCGGGGCCAUCUCCAAGGGCUUCUGCGCGCGACGGCGCAUCAGGCCAUACGACUUGAGCCGUCGCUGAUACAACGACUUCUCCCAUCCAGUCACCGAGACUGGCAAGUUAAGACGGCAAUGACGAGGGAAAGCCUCGAAAGAGAUAUUUGGGCUGGAGAUACGCUGAAGUCUGUCUGGCCCGAUAUCAUGGCCGAAGUGGCCGAAAAACACGCCCUCGCGGUCGUGAUCGAUGGCUUUGACGAGCUGGAUGUGGAGUCCCGUGAUUCAUUCCUUGACUGUCUACAGCGCCUUCGUGUACAGUCUGAAAGUCCAGCGAAUUUGCGACUACUUUUCCUCUCACGCAACAUCGACGAGCUCGACGUUGCGCCGGCCCACCAGAUGGCGUUUCAACGAUACAAUAUCGGGCUUGCUGAAACUGGAAGCGAUAUCACCAGAACCAUCGACGAGGCCCUGGAUCGUCUGUGGAGAUCAAGGAGAUUCGAACCCGGCGAGCUUCGCGAGAAGAUAGGCAACCAGAUCCAUCUCCAAUCGCAGGGGACAUACCUGUGGGCGGCACUCCUUUCUCGGGACCUAGACCGCAACCGCACCAUUACCUCUCCGGACCAGGUUGAAACAAGAAUACAAGAGUUGCCGCUCGAAGCACAUAGCAUUCCGGGCUUGUACGACUACAUCCUCGACAGACUUGCCACCGUAACAGGCGUCUCAGCUAUGGUCCGGCAAGCUCUCCUCUGGGCAUCCGUCCAAAAGGAAGGGCUCAAACCAGCGGAGUUCAACGUUGCGCAGGCCAUCGGGCGGGCACUGGAGGAACAUAAAGGGCAGCAAAUCACGCAGGAGAUGCUGAACCAAUACCUAGACGACAAGAUCGCCAUGACCCUAGACUUCCACUGUGGCCACAUUGUGAAGUUCCAGGAUGGCCGCCUCGAGCUUGUUCACGGGAGUCUCAAGGAGUACAUCAUGCAGAAUGGCAUCCGAAUAGGGGGUCCGGUUCCCCAGCACCUGACACCUUGCGGCACGAUAGCAGAGCGUCUGCACGCCGAACUCGCUCGCACGUGCGUCGCGUACCUGACAAUGCGACAGUUCCAAUAUUCGGGUCCGCGUCAAAACACCAUGACGCCGCACGGCUGGCAGGCUAAAGUUCGUGCGAGACUGGAUCGGCAGAAGUUUUCACGGUACGCCUCGCUGUAUUGGGACGAGCACAUUCGCGACGCCGGCAUGCCAUGGCGCUUCGAGAAUAACGCAGCUCGCGCUGCGCAACAGCUGCUCAAGGACGGCAGGACAGAAUAUGCCAGGUGCUGGACCGAAAUCUGGUGGCUAUUUCGGCUGUGGCCAACAAUACGAUUCCCCUCAGCCUCAGUGUGCCCAGUCGAAGAUAUUCUCCCCCUGGAUUCCGAAGAUGGCACGGCUGCUACUACGGAAUCAGCCUCGGAAGCAGUUGAAGAUUUUGACAAUGAAAGUGCUAGCAUUGCCGCGUCGGAGGACGGAUCGUUUGUCUCUGCAGUUGGCGGGAGGCCCAUUGCGGGCCGCCCACCCCAAGGAGUCCCGUCGGGUAGCGGGGGCCUCGCGACCGAGGUCCAGUCAGGACGAGAACGUCCAAGACAGAGCACUAAACCGACUGGAGACAGACCAGCUCCCAAGAACCAGGAGCUUCCCAUGACUACCGCCAGAGAACCAAUGGAGCCAAAGCGCGACCUUGAGACCAAAAUGCCGUCGACCCAAGCUUCAGAAGCUGAGACGGCAACUACAUCUACCCCUGAAGUAGGAAAAGGGGACAAAGUUAACACAGCCGAUAAGAAGGAGGAGGGAAUUCCGCCUGCUCCGGCCCGAAAACAAAGGCUCGGAUGGAUGAAGAGGAUGAAAAUGGCGGGGGGGAUCAUCGUUGGGGGCUUCUUCGAACCUGCGGAUGAUAAAUAACAACCAUGUUCCGCAUGUUUGCCGAUGGAAAAGAAGAGUUUCGAUAGCGGUCAACAUUUCUUGUCAACUACAUCACAUUUCCACGAUGACUUCUACCCAUCUUGCUCAAUCAUAAAGAACGACAUCCCAAAUCGCCCA